UUUUUUCCUUUUCCGUUCAAAUUUUUUCUUCUCACUGUUGUUGCUCGCUUCGUUCUCCUAUUCACACAAACAUACACGUGGUUUCUACCUUGUAUUGUUCUCAAAUUUUACCGAAAAAAAAAUUCAAAUUCUGAGCUAAGGCAAAAUUCUUUCAAUCAGAUUUUGCAACUUUACAAAAGAAUCCACAACAAAUUUUUUAAUUGAAAAAAAUGUCUAUCAACGAAUUAGCCUGCGUUUAUGCUUCAUUGAUCCUUCAGGAUGAUGAUGUGGCCAUCACUGCUGAAAAAAUUCAAACAAUUUUGAAAACAGCUAACGUUGAAGUGGAACCAUAUUGGCCCGGUUUAUUCGCUAAAGCAUUGGAAAAUAUCGAUGUCAAAGGUUUGAUUACAAAUGUUGGAUCGGGUGUUGGUGCUGGUCCAGCUGUUGCUGGUGGUGUUGCAGCCGGUGGUGCUGCAGCAGCAGCCGGCGAUGCUGCCGCAGCCGAUGAUUCCAAAUCGAAGAAAAAAGAAAAAGAAGCUGAACCAGAAUCCGAAGAAGAUGAUGAUAUGGGUUUCGGUCUUUUCGAUUAAAAUUUUCCAUUGGGAAACAUCAACAACAACCAACUUUUUUGAAUUGUCAAAAUAACAAAAAACAACCGUAUUUUGAUCUAAAAAUCUUGAUUUUUUUUUAAUUUUAAUUUUUUCAAAAUAAAAAAAAAGUUUAAUUUC